UAUCAAACAGAAUUUAAACACUACUCUGCUUGAAAAUUAAGAUUUAAUUUGAGAAAUUAGAUUUAAUAUGUAUUGUUUUCUGAUAUUACUUUUUAUAAGACUACGUAAAUAACAUAAGACUAUCAAAAUACAAUGGAUACUGUUACUAUAGAUUUAUCAGAAGACGAUAGUGAUAAUUUAGAUGAUUUACCUGAAUUAAAUUUAGGUGUAAAACGAUCUCAUGUAAAUGAAAUUCCUCAAUCCGGUAGCAUUGGAACACAUACAUGCACAGAUCUAACAAAUGGAAGCACUAAGAACAUUAAUUGUAAAUCAAAACACAUAGACCAAGCAGCUGAUAAACAAUCACUGAAAAUACUCAAACCAGGGGAAUGUAUGAAGCACAUGGUUGUAGAAAUGCACCCAACCCUCAUGGAGCGCUGGUACUGUGCCGAUGUGCUGAGAGAAGUUGGAGCCUCUGGAGCCAGGGUCCAGACCUCCAGUACUCUGUGUGAUGUUGCACUUGUGAUGUGGAGGAGACUGUUGGAACCCACACUCACAAAUUCAAAUGGGAUGGUGGCACUUGCAACUGAAGAGAAAUCUGAUCAUGGACUUUACAUCACACAUCUGGAUGACAUACAGACAUACAUUCACACACAAACAUUGUCAAAACAUAUGAAGGAGGUGGCAGAUCUUGCUGGCUGUAAACUGACCCUUGUUGUAUUUGCACCUAAGAACUAUUUUAAAAGUUCAGGCCGCAAAACCAGCAAUAGUAACCAUAAGAUAAUACAACCUGUUGAUGUUGAAAUGGCUUUGACUGAUCUGCUUGUAAGUUCAGACUGUGAUACCAUUACUGUAACGACCCCAAACGAGGUGGCAUUGACUAUUGUGCACUUCACCAAGGCAAUAGCUGAGGCGCCUUACAAGCAAGCGAAGAGGUUGGUGGACGAACAAGCAGACUUCUAUAUGAGAGGAGACAAUAAGAAAUGUGUUCCUAUUGCUGCCAAUGGGAGUGGCAUAGGCAUGCUGUGGCAGCAAAUGUUGGCAGUGCUGCCACACUCUAGCCUCGAGACAGCGAGAACCAUCCGCGGCCAGUACCAAACGCCCCGGGCCCUGUAUAAGGCUCUAAUGAAACCCAGUGGUGUAGACGAUCUUGCCAAUCUGGGCGUGUCUCGGUCCGCAGUGCCGGGCGCUAAGACCCGCCGCAUCGGCAACGAAUUUGCUAGAAAACUACAUGUACUGUUCACUGCUGACGAUGGUGAUAGUCUUGUUGAAUAAAGAAAUGAAUUACUCAA